AUGAUUGAAGGUGCGCGCAUUUACCACGCCGCGCACAACAAUGACCCUAUUGGCCACAUUUAUGAUAUUCUCGAGUACAACCAUGCGUUUGAGGCGGUGGCCAAGUGGGUCGAUGAGAACUCGUCGGACGACCAUGAGAUUCUGUUGGUCUCCACAAGUGACCAUGAAUGUGGUGGCCUGGCGCUGUCGUGGCAGUGUCCGGAGGACCAGACGGGCGAUUACGCGUGGUGCCCGGAUGUGAUGUUCAACGC